AUGUCGACUGAUGGGCCCUAUCCACCGCUGCCAGAUCCCUCGACCCCGCCCCACGACUCUCUUGUCCCCAACAUCAUAGCGUGCGCGGUUGUGACCUGGGCAAUCGCGGCUGUCUUUGUCGCGCUACGCUUCUACACCAGGACCAGGAUUCUCAGCGUGUUAGGCUGGUCAGACUGGCUCAUCCUCAUAUCGUGGAUCUGCUCCUGCGGCGUGACUGCAAGUGCUAUUGAGCAGAGUCAGAGGGGAAUCGGGAGGCAUGUCUACGAUUAUGACUGGCUGGCAAGCUUCACACCGUUCCAGAAGGCGGCGUGUGUUUGCAUUGUGUCAAUCGUUCGGCUAAUGAAGCUCCUUCAAACCGAGAACCACCCGUCACUCGACUUCUCCUACGACAGCGCUGACCUCGUACUAGGGACCUCAAUCGAAGUACAUGGUGCCAUUGUCUGCGCAUGUGCGGUCACCCUCAAGCCUCUCUUGAACCAGUUGAUGCCGCAGUGGUUCUCUGCCCACCUACGGGACAACUCCCUCGGCCGGGACCCAGUACCCCUGACCAUCGGGCAGAGGGCAAGCAGAAGGAAGUUCAGCAAAUCGGAUCAGCAGACCACCGGCCGAGACAGCUGGACUGCCGACCGGCCGAGCAAAGACCUGGAGGCCGGGUCGAUGGGCGGCCGAGACACCGGGGGCUUCCUGAGUCUUGGCCCCGGGUUCGACAUUUCUGAACAAGGAUAUUCAGGGGACGCCACGCCGUCUGUUCAGCCGAGCGAUCUCCCUCCCGGAAGCAUCAGGCACGCCGGCGCGGACCGUGACGCCACGCGCUCUAUGCCGCUGCCACCGCCGAAUGUGCGCACGAGCUCGCUCUCUGCGUUACGUGGGCUGGCGAUCGGGGCCUACCUUGACGACUCCUCGCUCAGAAGGCAUAAGCGCAGUUCAAACUCUGGGCGUCAGAGGUCGCUGACAAGCCCGGACUUCUACUACUCGUCCUCUGAGAGGCUAGACUGGGACUUGGAGAGAACAACAUCUGAUGGUUCGACCCCCUGGAGGGGCUGA